AUGGCUGACAGCUCGCCGCCUCCUGCAGCUACCCACAACUCGCCUCGCACAUGGCUCAUCACAGCUGCGUUGUCGCCGCUGGCGGUGCGCCUCAUUCGACAGCUCCUGGCCCACGGUGACUACGUUGUCGCAUGCUUGCCCCCUCAUGAGAUUGAAGACGACGACCGGAGCGCCGAAUUCCGGGACCUCAUCAGCGAAUGUAAGAGCAAUAGAAAGGAUCGCGAUGGUUGGAAGAACCGGAUCCGUUCCAUACGCUGUGACGGCCGCGCCAUCAGUGGCUGUGGUGCAGCUAUCGACGAGGCCGUGCAGGUUUUUGGUCGAAUCGAUAUCUUGCUCUGCUGCAAGUCAGAAGCUGUUAUCGGAACGGUUGAAGAGCUUUCCAACACUCCCGGCACCCAGAACCUGGUCCGCGACCAAUUCGAAACCAUAUUUUUCUCGCAGGUCAACUUCAUCAAGGCGGCGUUGCCAGUUUUUCGAGCGCAGCACACUGGUCACAUCAUAGCCUUGACGAGCAUUGGAGGCCACAUUGGCACCCCUGGCAUGUCUAUAUACACCGCAGCUACGUGGGCAUUGGAAGGCUUUUGCGACUCGCUUGCCUACGAAGUCGCCCCGUUUAACGUCAAGGUGACAAUCGUACAACCCAACAAGGAGAUCCAAUCCCUGACGAAUCGCAUAACGUUUGCACCGCAAAUCGCCGCGUAUGCCCCAAACUAUAACCCGGCACCGAGUGUUCGCGACAUGCUAGUCAAUGUGCUCAACACCAACCCCGACACUGUGAUGCCGCCUACUCUCGAGGUCCCGGACUCACCAACUACGACGGAGGGCGACUUGCAGUCCAUCUCCCUAGAACCAGAUGUUGGUGUCGGCGAGAUUCUGCAUCGCUAUCCGGCACUGCCGCAUGCGGCUUUGGAUAGGCUUGUCGCCGAAACGGUCCACGCCUUGACAGCGAUUGGUGGACAUGAAAAUCCCCCUUCACGACACAUUGUCGGGACAGAAGGCGCUUUUGCUGUGCGGGAGAAGCUCAAGACGGUCGUGGAAGAGAUGGAAGAUUUUGUAGACGCGAGUCUUGCUGUUGAUAUCUUCGACAGCGAGCUCAACAAGGAAGCUCGGGAACGGAAGAUAACGAUUGAAUCGCAAGAUCCGGGGCCCUCAUCUGCGUAA